CCCAGUGUUCAAUCAAUAGCAAAAGUGUAAAAAUCAUUUGAAAAUUUGGGGAAAAUGGCUGACGGUGUAAAUUUCGAUUCCGAGUGGAGAAUUUUAUGAAAAUUAUUAAUUAGAAUUGAUAAAAUAUGCCGCGGUAUCAAAUGAACAAUUCUUCGCUAACUUAAAUUUAUAGUGAAUAGUGAGUUGCAGUGAUAUUACAGAUGGGCUUUGCUGAACUUGCUGGAAAAAGAUCAAUAAAAACCGAAGAACCGUAACGCAAAAGAAGAAUUGACUAAUCAAAAUGGAAGAAUUUAAAAUGAUGAAUAAUUCUGCAUACGAUACAAAUGUGGUACAUCAGAAUCAAACCGCUAUUCAACAUCAGACACACCCUGGACAUACGCCACAUCAUACAAAUAUGCCACCAGCUAUUAGUGGCUUUUUUCAUCCUCAUGCUUCGACACUACCAAUAGCCGCUCAUCAGCAUGCACAAUUGCAACAUCCCACGGUCAGUACUGGUGGGAGUAAUGACCGACAAGUUGCUGCCAAUUCGACGGCCGCUGCUGCUUCUCAUGCUACUGGCCUUUUCGAUCAGGGUCAAANUUAA